UAUUGCAAUGGUGUGAAACUUUUCGACGCGCCCCGGUAGCUAAAAAGCUCGAAAGCUCUCUGCUUUAUCAUCAAUUGAUUUCCGCUACCAGCGCCGGAUGUCACUGUAAUCGCCCGCCUUUCCAUGGUACUCGCCCAAUUUUAAAGGCUGUUCCUUUUUGGUCCCUUGGUGUGAAAUCGACGUGUUAAUGAAUAUUCGUGUUGGUUUUUUGGAAAUAUCAAGACGCCCGUGCCGGCCUUCCAUCGUUAGAAUCACAGCGAAGAAGAAAGAAAUGAACUGAACGUGAAAAAAAAAACACUAUACUCUUCCAUAAAGCACAAAUUUUUUUUCGACUUCCUAUUAAAUGUUGGACGAUUUUUCGAAUUUUUACUAAAUGGUGUCUGUAAGAAACGAAAUGGCUGCUAUACAAAACGGAGUUUGUUCGUCGCACACAACUGUUGCCGAGUUCUACAAUGGCAAAACUGUUUUUAUAACGGGCGGAACAGGAUUCAUGGGAAAAGUACUACUUGAAAAAUUGCUCAGGUCGUGUCCAGGAGUCGCCAAAAUCUAUCUACUGAUAAGGCCCAAAAAGGGACAAGAUGCACACGAAAGGCUGAAACUGCUACUGUGUUCACCGCUGUUUGAUCCGAUUCGGAAGAGCCGUCCAUCGGAUCUGCACAAGGUGUUACCCAUAGAAGGCGAUAUUACACAGCCCGAAUUGGCGAUAAGUUCAAAUGACAGAUUAAUGUUGGCUCGAACCGUCAAUAUUGUAUUUCAUAGUGCAGCAACGAUAAAAUUUGACGAAAAAUUGAAAUUAUCGGUGACAAUUAAUAUGUUGGGGACGCAAAGAUUAGUUGAGUUGUGUAAAAGGAUGACGAAUUUGGAGGCAUUGGUGCACGUAUCCACCGCCUACUGCAAUUGCGAUCGUAGUGAAGUAAAAGAGACCAUCUACCCGCCACCUAUGGGUCCGGAUCAAGUAACCUCAUUGGUUGAUUGUCUGGAUGAAAGCCUUCUUGAUUCUUUAACAUCACGUCUGGUUGGAAAUCGGCCCAAUACUUACACAUUUACUAAAGCAUUAGCUGAAUGUUGGUUGAAAGAAAACAAAGGCGAUUUACCAUUGGUUAUUGUACGACCCAGUAUAGUUUUAUGCAGUUUUGGUGGACCUUUAAAAGGCUGGGUUGAUAAUUGGAAUGGACCAACCGGAAUCAUUGCAGCAGCUGGAAAAGGACUCUUCCGGACGAUGUUAUGCGAUCCGGAAAAAAUCGCCGAUUUAGUUCCGGUUGAUAUGGUGAUAAAUUUGAUGUUGGUGGCGGCGUGGCGCAUCGGUACGACCAAAACGAAAGAUAUGCCCAUUUAUAAUUGCAGCACAGGUCAGAGAAGGCCAAUCACGUGGAAGCAUUUCGUUGGUUUGUGCUUCAAGUACAUGAGGAAACACCCAUUUUCGGACGUCACGUGGUACCCUGAUGGGACAGUAACGGCGUCUCGUACCUUGAAUACAAUCAAUAAGUAUUUAUUACAUUGGUUACCGGCGUAUAUAAUGGAUGGUUUAGUUUGGAUGGCUGGAGGGAAACCAAUAAUGGUUCGGAUCCAGGAUAAGUUGUGCAAAGCAGCGACCUGUUUGGAGUACUUUACAAUGAAUGAAUGGCAUUUCGAUGAUGAGAAUGUCCGCACUUUGAGUCAACAUUUGAAUGAGAAAGACCGCGAAGAGUUUUGUUUCGACGUGGCGAAAAUCGAUUGGGAACAGUAUGUCGAGGAUUACGUCCUUGGUAUCCGACGUUUCAUCUUCAAGGAGGACUCAUCAUCGAUACCAACCGCCCGACGCCAAGUGUCGCGUCUUUAUUGGUUCUAUAGAUGCCUGCAGGUGGCGUCGGUGAUGUGCAUGUGGCAUUUUCUAACAUUGCGUUACGCCCCCUUGCGGCAGUUGUGGGGUAAUGCCCUCAGACUGCUCAUUCACUUAGCCCGAAUGCUGCCAUUUGUAUAGAUAAUAAUUAGGUAGGGUGUCGCGACGCGGCGCGACGUGACGCUUUUCUUUUUCACUAAAAUUGGUCCCACUUUCCCCUAUUUUAUCGUGUGUCGUGAGUGUAUUGUAGAUAAUUGUAUGUUAUGUAAUUAAGUGGGAAGGAAAAGCGACGCUGAUUGAUACAUUUAUGGUUUUGCUUCGUUUUUUAUUCGAUUGAAGCUCAUUCCAGCUGUGUAAGUGAAACAACGGUUCUUAGGGAAUUUUAAUUUUUCAGCCGGGGGAAAAUUACAAUUCCUGGUUUUAAGUGAAAAUGUUGCGUGGUUUAUUUAUUUGUUAUUUUUACCAUUGUACUAGUCUUAUAGUGAAUUAAAGGGAUCGCUUAGUUCGUAAAUAAAAUUAUUUAUUAUUUAUAUUUGUGGUUCUUGAAUAACAGGUUUAAAGUUUUGCCAACUUAAAAAAUUAAAUCAUGAUGAUUUAGAUAUAUCUAGUGAGUGUAGGAGAAAAUUGUACAAUUUUUGACGAUGAUUUGCUUGUUUUCCACUGAAAUGAUGUAAUUGUUAAUUUUUAUUAUGAAAUAAAACAAAUCUCUGUUUAAGCGAAUUGAAUUAAAAUAUUAGAUAUUGUUUA